AUGGCAAAUGUGAGGAAUGCAGUUUUGGAUUAUGUGGACUGCAUUUCGGAAAGGAAAAAGGUCGUGUCGCUCAAACGUCGACAUAAUACUGCAAAUCUCCGAAUCUCGUUUCGAAUAAACUGGAUCGCGAUACUGACCAUAACGAUGUCAAUAUUACUCUGUCAAUUCGCAGAAUCUGUCGCUGAACGACAAGCAUCGAGUUCACACGGAGGAAGAAAGCAUUACGCUCAUUGCGCGAAUCGACGGAUAGGUCCUAGCCUGCGAAGGUCGUUGACACCAGUCAAACACACCUUCCAAAGCGUCGCGGAGAAUACAACUGACAUGUCGCAGGACAUUUUAUCGCGUCUGGAGGCCGCUGUAGUUUUACGAGGCAACCUGAUCACGGCGUUAGGUCGCGUACUUUUGUCCUGUCUCGACGACGACGCGAGGGUACCCUUCGAACUCGUCCACGACACCGUACGAAAUCGCCAGGUUGCCGUCUACGAGCUGCUGCCGAUCGUGCCGGCGCUUCAGAACAAGCUGCCGAAGCAGCAGCUGUACAAGCUCCUGCAAAUGCUGGAGCGAGUCAUCGGCAAUCGCUUCGUCUCCGAAUACGCGUCGCUCUGCAUAAACGUCUUCCAAGAUAUCAGCGCCGUCGUGGAAGAAGCGUCGCUCGCCGACAUGUUACUGAACGUGGACCCGGACACGAUAGAGUCGAUUUCUCGGGAUAAAUACAGACCUUUGUCUCUAACAAGGGACAUUACCUCUCUAUUGCAAGCGGCUAGCAACGAUACUGCGAUAUUGAAUCUGCGUAUAGUGGCGGCGAUAUUGGAGAAUUAUCCGGCGUUCGAUCUGACGGAUCCGGAGGUUCACGACGCUGUUACUUUCGUCGCGGAAAGAAUGAGGGAACGUUCGCGCGAGGAGGAUUCUUUAUUGCGAUACAUAGAAUCGAAGCUGGAUGACGUGACGGAUUUUCUGAGAACCAUCCUCGAACGUCUGGAGAUGGACAAGUUGUCGUCCAAGGCAACCCAGGAAGCGAUCUCGCUGCUGCUUCAGAAUCUCGAUGCGGAGUUUUAUUCAUUUACCGCCAGAUGGAACGAUCCGAGGAAGCUCUUGAUGAUUACGAGCAAUGAUUAUCCGGUUGACGUCACCGCCGUGGCGAAAUAUCUCGCAGAUAAUCUCAACGAUUCGCUUCUUCAAGAUCUCGACAUCGCCUUCUACGAAACGGACGGUCACGCUCUUCUGCAAAUGCUGUCGCGUCUUCGCAGAAAGUCCGGUCUACAGCAUCUGAGUAAACCUCUGUCUUUAUUGACAUCUUUCGUCUCGCAGAAAUUGAUAUACGAUGACAAUUACGCCUACACAGCACCGGUUAGUCAAUACGAGGUGAACAACUAUAUGGAUUCCUUCGACACUCCGUGUCUGCAGCAAAACAUAAGUGACGCGAUGGAAACGUUACGACCCCAUCUAUCCAAGGAUCUACCGUGGACCUAUGCCUUCGGAAAUAGACUGGUGAGUGACAAUCCCUGGGAAUUAACGUUACUCUCGUUGAGUCGUUUGAGGAACAUUCCGAUCAGCAAGCCGCGAGCGAUCGCCAUCGAUAAUUUCAUCUACAAAAAUCGCGCUCUGACUGGUAGACGGAACCCGCUUUAUGACUUCGGCAUUAUCUUUCAAAGAAAUGACUCGACAGACGUGGAGGUCGAUCUGUUUUCUCUACUGACGCGCAUCCCGAACGCUUUCAGAAGUGAGAAAUUUGCUCCCAUGCUGAAUUUUCUGUCCAAGCCGAAUAUCCUCGACAUCCUCGGCUACGGAUUUAAUAAAUUUAAAUACGAUACUCCCAGAAGUUUAUUGUUAGCCGUGCUGAAGAGAGCACUAACGCUCGCUUCUGUGAGAUUCGACGAGUCUCUAUCCGAAGCUCUUCAGAAAGCCUGCAACUACCUGGAAGAGCCGCUAUUAAUUAACAUGUACACCUCGGAAGGUCUGCAGCUCCUUUUGAAGCAUUUACCAGGUAUUGAAAGUGAUCCGCGAUAUCUGCCGCUCAAGAUACUCUUCAAGAAGAAGAAGCUGUUUACGUAUUUAUCGCCAAACUUUAGCCUAGCCGGAGUGCACUCGCCGAUGGAGAGGCUUUUAUUGAUAUUACGGACGGUGAGUUUGAAGAAUGAUCAACCGAUUCUCUCCGAGGCGCUGCAAUUCACUCUCGAAAACAUUGGCGGAUCACCGCUGCCGAUCAAAUCUUUUGAUCGAGUCGACUUCGUCUACCUGAUUCAGCAACUGUUGUCGCGCGAUAGUACACUGCAGAAUGAAAUCUUGAACUCGACGGUGUAUACGAAAGUAGGCGAGUGGAAAAUCUCCAUCGGCGGCACGCCGGAAACUAUUCUCGCUAAAAUUCUCAGCUAUCCCGUUAAUGAUAUCGCGUCGGAUGGGCAUCUGGCUAAUAUUGUGACGCAGGCGAUGAGCAUUCUGGAAGAAGAUCUGAGGAACAUCGAGAUCUUGAAGAAGCAGAUGUUGGAGGAAAUGCUGGAAUAUCUGCCGAACAAUACGUAUGCGAAGCCCGUGAUUCUAUUGCUGAAAAAAUCGAAUCUGAUGACGCUCGUGCCGGAUUUAAAUCUCACAAUGUUGGAGGAGGUCAGCCCGCGCGACGCAUUAAUUAUAUUACUGAAAAGCUUCACCGAGUCUCGCGCGAUUCGCGCGGAAAAGCUGCUGCUGAGACGCAUCCGGGCAGCAUUGAGUUUCUUGGACGGCAACGAUCAGUUUCAUCAGACGCCGAUUUAUGCUUACUUGUUUCAAUCGUUGCAGGAUCCGAACAACGUUGUCUAUAAGCCGCUUUUACGACAAGUAAGCGAGUUGCAAGUGAUAAUUUCGCCCGACGAACGACAAGAUUGGUUGGAGAAAUAUCUCGAAGAGAUUGUCGUCAAAAAGAAAACGAAGCUGUCGAGAGCCGCGUUGAUGGCAUUGAAGGAAAUCAGAUACGAUGAAAAUUCGGACGAAGAGUCACGCGCUAGUAAGACGCGAAUCAAGGAAGCCGUGUUAUUCCUGCCUGACGAAUCCUUCGCCAAACCACUGCAAAAAUUACUGACGCCAGAAUGGGCGUACGAUGUUCUGCCGGAGGAGCUCAGAAAUUCGAAUUCGCUGGAAAAGAAGGAAUUAUUAUUGGAAAUUUUACAUCAUGCGAAACGUCGAACCGAUGUCAUCGAUAACCUCGCUUUAAUGAGAAUUAUCUCCAAGGUCGAGACAAGAUUGAAUGGAUGGAAAGCGGAAGUCGAGAAACUGAAGAGCGCCGUUUCCGCCGCGAAAGCAGCCAUUUACGAUCCCGUGAAAAAUCUUCUGACUGCUACAAGACUCAACAAGAUUAAACUCAACGUGCCUCUCGGUAAAUCAGCCAAGGCAUCGCUGCUGGGACUAUUGCAUCGUCUGCUGCAGCAUCCUGUGAUCACGCAAAACAACAAGGUCUUCGAAAUGUUGAGCGCUAUUAGACAGGACGUUUUCUCCUUCGGCGUGGACGUGGACUUGUUGACCGUCCUCGACGACGCGGGAAUCGCUUAUACUCGCGAGCUCGCUCCUAUCAGAUUGUUCCUGCACAGACGAGAUUUCAAUGAAAAAUUCGGAAGUACUAUUUUCACGAUUGCGGAUCCCGGGAAACGUUAUCGCACCUUAUUGAACAUCCUGCAGAAGCAACGCCAGAUAAAUAACGACACGCGAUUCCAUGACGCGCUCUCGAUAUUGAGGAAUAUUGAUCCCGUCAGCGGAGAAUCCGCGGGUACUUUAAUUUCGGAUCUCGACGACGUAGUCAACUCCAUCCCGCAUCAUGUCAGACAACAAUUCAAGUCGAUCGAGCAACUGUUCAGCGUCAACGUUCUGUCUCGUUUCACAGGUGACAAUGAAAUUGUCGAGUCGAACGCGCCGCUAACUGUUCUGUUAUCUAAGAUAGCGAAUCUGCCGGAAAUCCGCGGUAAUCGUACCGCAAUGCAUGAAUUAAAGAAACUGCGAUCUAAAAUCAAGCAGUUAGACAAUCAUUCAAUCAUCACCGGUUAUCAACUUAGACCGUUGUUAGUGGAGCUCGAACAUGUUCAACAAAUAAACGUAGACUAUCUUAAUUUCAUCUUAGAUUCUGAAGUAUUGAGUUAUCUAAAUCCAGAGAUAUUCUCCGACAUGUUCGAGGAUAGUAUCGAAAUACUCGGCACUAUCGUUGACUAUCUGUUGUACGAAGAAACGAUGCACAGCGAUUAUAUCGUGCGAAAACAUCUGCAGUCCUUGAAGAAUGCUUUGGCGUUUACAACGGGCUCCGGGAAGACGUCCUCGAAGAGAUAUUUAAUGAAGAAAGACUGGGAGCAGAUGCUGGUCCUCAUACCUCGCAAGAGAAAUUUCACGCCCAUCAAGAUCUUUCUGCAAUCCGAAGAGAUAUACAAAUACAUUCCCAAGGACACGAAUUGGAACCUAUUUUCCACUCCGGACAAGAAACUGCUUCAUCUAUUAUCGUUAAUCGAAAGCAGCGACAUUGAGAAUAAAAAUAUCUAUAGGUCGGCAAACGAGUUGCGCGACAAUCUCGAAAAUCGUUUUAAUUUUAUCACCGAACGGGAUAUUAAAAGCAUGCAUCGUGCCUUAACGAGUCUCAAGCUCAAUUACGAUCUAACUCCGCUCAAGAUAUUUUUAAAUCAUGAUACACUAAUCAAAUAUUUGUCGCCGGACUUUAAUUAUACCAAGUAUGGCGCGUCGAUUAAUGGCCUCGCCGCCGUGCUCGAUAAUUUUUUGCGGUCUCCCAGUUUGAAGCACAGAACGACUCUUUAUGAAACCAUGAAUUUCGUAAGAAAAUCAAUUCGCGAACAAGUUAACUCGGGGAGGCGAUCGUCUCGCAAGACUUCUCACGACCAGCUGUCCAGCGAGGAUCUCGAAUUUAUCAGUUCGUUAAAUAUUUCCCAGCCGUUACGCGAGUUUUUCAAGCCUAAAAAUCUGCUGACUGUAUUGCCGCGAUCAUUUACCUUGAACAACCGACUGACAUACAAGACGAAAACGUUGCAUUUACUGCGACAACUAUUGCAACUGAAUAACAAGGACAUUUAUUCGGAAUUACAAAGACUUGUCCGCGAAGUAGAGACAUACCCCGACGUUCCAAACAUCGUACAGGAUGAUUUGACGCCGCUCCUGAACGUAAUUCCCAUCGAGGGAAUACCUUACGUUAAGCUCAUCAAGAAAUAUUUGAAACCUGUAACGUUAAUCAAGUUGUUACCGGGAUAUUUCAAUCUAAAACGAAUGCUUAACGCUAAAGUGGCGUUGCAUAAUCUUCUAUCGCUGUUGAGGCUAACUCUUGGAUCCGCGAUGAGCGACAAAUUGAAAACAGCUCUCGAUGCGCUCAUAAGCGAAUUAGCGAAGGUUAGCUCCAAUGUAAUACCGGAGGAGGCGGUAGUCGACAGCAACGAAAUCAAAUCUAUCGUGGAGGAAAUUCCGUUCCAGCAAUACAAGCAGAUCGAGCCGCUCAAGGCUCAGAUGACGACCGCGAAAAUCAUCUCGUCCUUGCCGACGAAUUUCCAGUUGACCGAUUAUAAGACGAAAAAACUUCGAGUAUUGGCGGUUUUGAACGAGUUGUCUAAAAGCAAUGUAUUUCAGCCCUGGCAGGAAUCCAUGAAUUUUGCGAGAAAUAUCAUCGGGAAGAUGCCGAACGCACCUGCGGUGAACGACACAGAAAUCGAGAGGCUGUUACUGCCGUUGCCGUUGAGCACGUAUAACGUGGAGCUGCUCAUAACAAACUGCAAGUUGGCCAAGUUGAUGCCGUAUCUGCCGAUCCACUUCGAUUUCGCCGACCUAGGCUCGCGAAAGAUGAAACUCGCCAAGAUCAUGCGCUACUGCAAGAAGGCUUAUCCCAUGGAUAUGAGCACGAAACAGGCGUUGACCAACGCCGAGGCGACCUUGAACAUGGCGCCCGACAUCGACAUCACGUCGGAACACGUGAGAGUCUUGAUACGAGCGAUUCCAUGCGUUCAUUUCACUUUGAUCAAACCGCUGCUGCGGUUCCUGUCGAUGACGGACAUCUCGUCGCUUCUUCCUUGGGACCUCGACGUCUACCGUGCGUCGCGCACCUUCAAGCUGCGCGUCCUUGAUCUACUGGCUGCUCUGCGAAACGUCAAGGAGCUGCAGAGCAGCGAGAUGUUCUCCGCCCUCGAUUACUUGGAGACGAACACGAAAUCGUUGCCGGAGCAGGUGGAAAUUCCUCAAGAUCGUAUAACGGUUCUCAAUCAAACGGAGAUCAUGAAUUUCGCGCCGUGCGCGAGCUACCGGGAUUUCGUCUUGAAGACCGAGAAUCUCAUUCAAAUAUUGCCGUCGAAUUAUCGCUUUCGAACCAGCUCGACGACCGUUCACAACGAAUGGGCAUUGAUUACUCAUAUGUCGUCGUUGUUUCUGCGCGACGUGCAGAACGGUGCCAUGACGAACGCUUUCAAGGCCUGUAUGGAUAAUAAGUUGAAACACGACAAAGAACAGUUCAGCCAGCAGAUAGUUGCCGAUUUAAAUAGUAUGUCGUACCAGCAAUUCCUAGCACUAAGAAUAUACUUCAUAAGUCACGAUAACGUUCUGACCGCGCCCCUCGACGUUUAUCGCAGCUUCUUCCAGGGAACAAUACAAGCCAUGGUCCGCGUGAUAAUGAGAGAAUUUAUCCGUAGACCGGAAUUGAUCGGGAGUAAAGCGGUGAUCGACGACAUGGAAGUGUAUCUGCACGACACUGUGAUGUUAAAGAUUGCGCAAGAUCAGACCAAAUCUUACGACGAGCAGUUGACACCGUACGACGUCGAUCUGGCCAUUGCUGAGAUCCCGAACGAUCACAAGUACGACGAUCUCAGAGUACUCAUGCGAUGCCAAGAAAUACAGCUGCCAGUCGUGCAGAAGACGUUAUUGCCAGACGACACGCCGAAACAGUUGCUUAUGACCUUGCUAGAAACGACCGAGAAAGAUGACCUAGACAAGAAGAUACGACGAAGCAUCGAGGCUUUGAAGCCAAUUGUCGCGCAAGCUAUUCGCGAAGAGGAGGUGGAGCUAGUGUUGAAACAGAUACCUAAUUACAGGUACCACACGAGCAAAUUGCAAAAUAUCAGGAAAUAUCUCGCACGAGUCGGACUGCAGUUCGUCUUGAUCAACAGCACAAAUACUACGCUGUAUCCCACCUAUAACGAGAGUCUAUACAUGUUGAACGAGCAUUUAUUGAAGGGUGUGACCGAUCAACCAAAGGACGACGAAUUUAAAACCGAGUUAAACUACCUGAACAGUACCUUAUACGAUAAUACUAAGGUCGAGCAUAUAGUAUCGCGAACGAUGAACGAUAUCAACGUGCAAGCACUGUUCUUCGCGUUGCCGAAGACGAAGGACGAGAGAAUCAUCCGCGGCAUCAUCAAGUUCUUUUCCCUUCCCGAUUUGCUGCAUCAACUGAACCUGCCCAAGAAUCCUUUCGAGUACUCGACCAAGGGUCAACUCUUGCAGGCCAUCCUGGAUCUGGGCCAGGAGCUAACGAGCGUGCAACGGGAUCCCGAACAACAGGAGGCUCUCGAGUACUUCAGGGACAAAAUAAUCACCAGCGGACCUGGCGCGCAGCCGCUCGAGCUGAAGAAGGACGCGCGCGAUUCCAACAUGGACGUGGACAUGUAUGGCCUAUGGCGUGCCAUCGAUACGACAAAACAUCCCGACUUGUGGAACGUGACGCUUCUCCUCCGGAAGUACGACAAGCUCGUGUACGCCAUGAGUUUAGAUCACAUGACGUACAGCACGAGGGGCGCGUAUCUGAAAGCACUGCUCGAGCAUCUUGUCAACCUUUCCCACGUGCCGGACGAGGCAAAGGAGUGGAUAAGGAACUUAAUACCAGCGGUGAGACUGGACGGUCCUGGGGCCUCGGACGUCGAUCUCAACGUGGAUGUCGUUCACGAGGAAAUGAUCAAGCCGCAAUUGAGGAUGUUCUUCAACGUCGCACCUCGCAACUUCAAGUCUCGAGCUCUAGCGCCGAGCAAUCGUUUCGGCGGCGAAAUCGUCUCGCACUCUUUCCAGGAGAACAAGGAAUCGCUGAAGGCCGCCGUCGAUCACAUAUUCGAUACCAUAUCGUCAUCCGAGGAGGAGAAUCUCUGGCAGACUUUCGGACAAAGAUUCAAUUCGACGCGAAACGAGAAAAAUCCCUCUCGAUUCAAAAAAACUACAACGAGCGGAUCAUCGAGCAAGCUCAACCUGAAGAUCACGAAUCACCCGAAAACGAAGAAUAUGAAGAACGAUCGGUCGACAACAUCGUCACUCGACGAUAUUCUCUUCAAGGUUCCCGUCAAUAAUAAGGCGGUGCAAAGAGAGACCGAAAUUAAAUCGGAAAAUAAUUCGAAUAAAAAAUCAAAUAAUCUCGACUAUCUUGAUAAUGAAAGCGCUGACAGUUCGAUUAAAGCGCGGAAAGUUAAAUCUCUUCAGACACGGAAAUCGCCAUCCGAGAAAUUGUCAAAGACGUCACGUAAUCGAAAACGUCACGAGCUGAUGUCCCAAAAUGUUCUCCUCCAAUCGGACACCAGUAUCGACAACGAGGACGAAGAUUUGAACGAAAGUGCCCCGAUCGGCAGGAUGCUCAGCGACAUGUUGUUGAAGGAUGAAGAGAAUCGGUUUCUUAUAAGGGAGUUGAUAGAGGAAGCAAAUAUCGGCGAGAGGACGAAAACCGUGAAGAAAGAUCUUAGCAGGCAUGCGAGGAAAGAAAGGAGUGAAGAAGGAAAAAUAUAUGAGAAUCGAUAA